CCCACUACAGUACAGCAGAAGCUACCGACCCAGCAAUGCCAUGGCCCUGGCCAUGGCUGCUGGUGGGUCUCGUCGAACAGAGCGCAGCUGAACAUGGCGCGCUGUGCCCUGACACAAGGGCGUCGGUGCCACCCAGCAGCAUCUUAGAGGAACAGCUCUGGCGCGAGGUGGACAACCUGCUGGAGCGGACCUAUGAUUGGCGCUACAGCGGCUAUUGCAUUGGCCUGGCGGAGGAUCAGGUCGUGAAGGACGCCCAGGCACGCGUUGUGGGGCCCAAUGAGACCCUCCAAGCGCACACCUACGGCGAGGUGACCUCCAACGGAGUGCGGCAGCUGGUGCAGUUCCUGGGCUUGACCCACGCUGGCGAGCCGGCUGCCUUCCUGGACUUGGGUGGUGGUGUCGGCAAGAUGGUCCUCCAGAUCUACUUAGAGGUGCCCAGGGUGACGCGCUCGUUGGCCGUGGAGCUGCACCCCACACGCGCGAAGCGCGGCAAGGAGGCGCUGGAGACGAUGAUCCGCUUUGGGGAGCUCCAAGAGCUGCGACAGAAGUCUCUGCAGAGCGCCUUGCUGAGCUCCAGCACGCAGGCGUCAGUGGCCUUGGCGCAGCUUCGGCACCAACGCCGGCGCGACGUCCAGUUACUGGAGGCGGACAUGUUUGAGGUGGACGUGAGCGAAUUCACUCAUAUCUACCUGGCCUCGCUGACCUGGGGCGCCCCGAUGAUCCGCCGGGUGAGCCAAAAGCUCCACUCUGAGGCACGAAGCGCGCGGGUGGUGGCGGCCCUGUCGCGGCUCGAGGGUUUGGACGGCUUCGUUGAAGAGGAGUUCAACCUCCAAACGAGCUGGACGACUCGGAGUGCGACCGGCUCACGCUUGUUCGUCUACACGAGGAGUGGUUCCUGAGCUACUGCGCUCAGCCACACUGUGGGCGGAAGAAAAGGAACUGCAAGCUGCGCGUGGAACGGUUCAAACCAUUACCUGAUGAGUCUCAC